GGCUCUCCUCUUUCCUUUCCAGGGACCCUCAGUGGGGAAAGGUUUGAGCGCCCGCCUGUGUCUCUCUUUAUCUCUCUGCUUCUCUCCCCGUCCCUCUGUAUCAUCUUUUCUUCCCCUUGAAUGAAUAUCUGCAAUAGUAUUGAUUACCCCUCCUAUGACCGUCCUUCUUGCACCGUGAACUUGGGAACUUUAUUGAAUGGAGAUCUUGGAGCUUUAUAGACUUCACUUGUCGACCGUGAAUGUUUGUUUUGUGUCUGUUGGAUUCUUUUAGAUGGGAAUGGAAUGACCGAGAAUGGAGACGGCUAAAGGAAGAAGGCUGCUUGGUAUAAUUGUGCUGGGCUUUGGGGAUGGAGGGGCAGGCAGCAGAGACAAACCAUAGAGCUGAGACAGUCGUAAGAGCAGAACUGUGCCUCUCGGCAGAGCAGGGCCCAGAAACGACUGCAUACUCCCAGAAAAGAUGCCUUUUCCUGCCCAUGGAGGUCUGGCAAGAAGCACAGAAGUUGCUGGCACUCGCUGCACCAGCGUUUCUGUCGCAGCUGAUGAUCUUUCUGAUAAGUAUUGUGAGCUCCAUCUUUUGUGGGCACCUGGGGAAGGUAGAACUGGACGCAGUGUCGCUGGCUAUCACAAUCAUUAACAUUACCGGGGUAGCAGUUGGCACGGGGCUGGCUGGCGCAUGUGAUACACUAAUAUCGCAGACUUUUGGGGGCAGCAAUUUAAAGCUGGUAGGAAUCAUCCUGCAGAGGGGGAUCCUGAUCCUGCUGCUCUUCUGCUUCCCAUGCUGGGCCCUGCUCAUCAACACUGAAUCCAUUCUGCUUCUCUUCCGACAGGAUCCCGAGGUCUCCAGGUUAACCCAGAUAUAUGUCUUGAUAUUUCUGCCUGCACUUCCGGCAGCCUUUUUAUACCAACUACUGGCAAAAUAUCUUCAGAAUCAGGGAAUCAUUUAUCCUCAAGUAUUGACUGGAUUUAUUGCAAAUAUAUUCAAUGCAUUAUUCAACUAUAUUUUGCUGUAUGUUCUGGGCCUGGGAGUGAUGGGGUCCGCCUGUGCCAACACCGUCUCACAGUUUAUCCAGAUGAUUUUACUUUUCCUUUACAUCGUGUGGAGAAGACUCUAUGCAGACACCUGGGGAGGUUGGUCCCAGGCUUGCUUUGAGGAGUGGGGGGCAUUUAUCCGGCUUGCAGUUGCCAGUAUGCUCAUGCUCUGCAUCGAAUGGUGGGCGUUUGAAAUCUCAAUGUUUCUGGCAGGAGUACUUGGCAUGGUUGAUCUUGCUGCCCAGGCCAUUAUAUACCAAGUUGCCAUUGUUGUUUAUUUGAUACCUUUAGGACUGUGCAUUGCAGGCAGCAUCCGGGUAGGACACGGGCUGGGGGCUGGGAACACUGAACAAGCAAAGAGGUCGGCCCUUGUUGUGCUGUGUAUGACAGAGUUGUGUGCGUUACUGUCAGGCAUCUUGCUUGCAACCCUGAAGGAUGUAGUUGCCUAUAUCUUCACUUCAGACCCGAACAUAGUGGCGCUUGUCAGUUACGUGCUCCCAGUAUACUCAGCCUGCCUUCUCUUCGACGCGUGCGUGGCUGCGUGCGGAGGGAUCCUGCGGGGCUCUGGGAAGCUGAAGGUUGGAGCCAUCUCUCACACUGUCGGAUAUUAUGUCAUUGGCCUUCCCCUCGGGAUAUCGCUGAUGUUUGCUGCUAAGCUGGGCAUAAUCGGGUUCUGGUUUGGGAUUCUGGCAUGUGGAAUAGCCCAGAGCAUUUUCCUGAUAAUAUUUGUGUUUAAGAUUGACUGGAAGAGAGCCUCUGAGGAGGCACAGACACGGGCCAGCGAGAGAGUAGAGAUACCACAGAAGAUAGACAACAAGCCGUCUGUUUAUCAGGAAGGCUGCCCUACAGAGCAAGGAGAUGUUGAUCCUGGGAAUGUGGAGUCUAUAGAGUUCAGCCAAAGUUCUACCUCCUCCGAGGGCACAUCGCCUACUCCUGCGGGGGCAGCACAACACACGCGCACACUCAUCCUCACUAGAGGCCUCGCUCUUGGUUGUGCAGUGGGGACACUCAUUAUUGGCAUUGUGAUAAGAUUGUCAGUCUGAACCCAGCGUGGGGAGCAACACUACGGCACCAACAUGUCUGUACCAGAGAACUCAUGGCUCCACCCAAACAGCUCGGCAGCCUUCCCAGUACUGUGGAUACACUGGACCAUGGCCAAGUUAUCCAGAAAGUUCAGGAUUACGGAAAGGCCAUCAUAAAUUAUAUAGUGAAUAAAGUACCCCCUAUUGUAACAUAUAGGGAUAUUAUAAGCCCCCGAGGAGUUCCUUAUAAUAUAUAGUGAAUAAAGUGCCCCCUAUUGUAACAUAUAGGGAUAUUAUAAGCCCCCGAGGAGUUCCUUAUAAUAUAUAGUGAAUAAAGUGCCCCCUAUUGUAACAUAUAGGGAUAUUAUAAGCCCCCGAGGAGUUCCUUAUAAUAUAUAGUGAAUAAAGUACCCCCUAUUGUAACAUAUAGGGAUAUUAUAAGCCCCCGAGGGGUUCCUUAUAAUAUAUAGUGAAUAAAGUGCCCCCUAUUGUAACAUAUAGGGAUAUUAUAAGCCCCCGAGGGGUUCCUUAUAAUAUAUAGUGAAUAAAGUGCCCCCUAUUGUAACAUAUAGGGAUAUUAUAAGCCCCCGAGGGGUUCCUUAUAAUAUAUAGUGAAUAAAGUGCCCCCUAUUGUAACAUAUA